AUGACCAAAAUGGACGGCACCGACGCCACGGACGUGGCCCAGGAAAGUCUCACUGUCGAGGAGAUAUUCAGUGACACCCUAAUCAAACGGAAGAAGACCAACUACGAAGACUACAUAUCCAUCGAGGAGCAAGACGCCGGUGUUAAGUUCGACAACAACAACGAGUUCAAAGUGAACGACAGGCGAGACGACGCUAAUCGGAAGUCGGCAAAGGCUUCCAACAGCGAUGGGAGCGAUGCUAGUGACAAAGCUAUCGAUGGCGACAUAACUAGGACCAUCCGAUUGGAGCUGAGGCAUGCGAGAGAUUGCAUUAUCGAAUAUAAAAUGGACGGUGCUGACGGCAAGAACGGCGGAAGUGUUCUGAACUCAACCGUCUCGCUUGGGAACGGUGACCUGAACGAGUACUCGUUGAAACACGACCUGAGGCUGACUGGCGGCGAGAAGGACGUCGGAGAAGCGGUCGCGCAGAGAGGCAACGGCGAAUAUCUUAACGGACACGACACCCAGGAUGCUAGAGCCCUGUUGGACAUAAAGCGGCAAGCGAUGGAGGCGCGAGAUUAUCUCAGAGUUUCCGCUAAUGCGAUGUCCGACAUAAGUGUUGUAGUUAACGGCGGACUUUCAUCGGCCGAAGAUCCCCAAGUCGAUGAGAGUGGAACUGACAGUUCUAUGUCCGUUUCG